AUGGCUAAAAAAAAGAAUGGAACCCUUGCUAAUAAAAAUUAUAAAGAUCACAGAAAUGGUAUUAAAAGGGAAAAAAUUGGUAAAUUAUUAGAUCUACCAGGAGUGAAUACUAAAUUUCUUAGAAAUAUGAGAUAUGCUAGAGAAGGUCUUAAAAAUACUACUGAAUAA